GCUGUUAGAGUUAGCUUCAAGCUGACAGAGUCCCAAAACUUCAACAGGUAGAUUCUCACUGAUAGGCCGGACUCCGGAAACCUGCAGAGAUCCAGCAAUAACCUCCUGGUAUCGUGAAGGAUCCAUCUGUUAAGAGAAACAAAAUGCUGAACUGAGCAGGAAAUUACUCUCUGACUGACUUCCUUGUUUGAACUAAAAGCAGAUCUCUUAUCAUGGCUCCAGCGAACCCAGGCUGAAACAAGCGUACCCAGGAAACCGUGCGGCUCUCCUCGACAAGGCAACGCUUUAAAGUUCUGAAGAAAACACGUUUGGAGAGUCAAAUGUGAUCCCAUUGACCUCUUUUCUCUGCCCGAAACCGGUUGGCACCUAAACCUCAGAAUGAAUCACACAGAACUGGAAAAUCAAGAGACGGGACUGAGGGCGGUCUUUGACAUCCUGGUAAAGGCACCUUCAGAGCGACUGCUCAGCCUGACCAUCCAGCUGGGUCAGUCUCCUGAAGACACCAUCAUACACGCUUUGUGUCUGAUCGUCCUCCAGAGAGAGGCCGAUGCCCUCAGGAAGCUGCAGAUGCUGGAGGACAACCCCCUCGCCAACCAUCUGGCCGAAAAGUGGCACUCGGGCGGAGGCAGCGUAGACGAAUUUGCUGCUCAUUGUGGCAAAUUUGAGGCCAAGACGGGAGAAUCUCUGUCAUCUCUGGCUCGGGUUUUCAAGGUGUUGUCUGAACAAAGGUUGUGCAAUCCGCUUCUAAGGGACCUGGCGUACCAGAGAGCCCUUUCCAGCGGAAGCUACUGUGGCUAUCAGGGAUAUGAUCAGUUUAGAGAGGAGGCCAAAGCUGUAUGUGGGCCCCAGUUUGCAGAUUGUAUGGGCACCUCCUUUGAUCUCAAAUCAGAGUCUUCCCUCGAUCCAGCGAGAACCAUGGAUGGAGGAAGUGCAACUUUAAAGCUGGCCGUGUCUCGGGACGAGUCUGCAAACGUUCACAGCCUCCCCAGCCUUCUGCUAGAGAGCACGUCUGAGCCUUCGUACCCCACGCAUCUCGAGAUAAGUCUUCCUCCAACGGUUUCUUUCAAAGAGGAUGGAGCAGCUGCAGGAACGUCAGGAAACCCAACGCUAUCCCCUGCCAUCCAUCUCAUUAGUGGAAGCGAAAAAGAAAAUGCCCCAGCACAACUUCAGUCAACAGAGCCUCAGCUCAGAUCGGCUGGAGCUUCUCUGUUUGGAGCAGAAAGGGAUAUUAAGACGGACGAAGCAUCAACGAAGCGUGGGUUUCAGAGUAAAGAGGGUGCAACCAAACCAAACGCACCCAACACCGAGACUAAAUCCCCCCUACCGUCUGCGACACACAUCAUUCUGCCCAGCAUUCCUGGUCUAAAAAGCCCACAUGAGAGCAAAGGAGCUGAAGAAGAGGAGGAAGAGGAAGAGGAGGAAAUGUUUUAUGCAUUUGUAAUCCUGCAUGCUCCAGAAGAUUCGGACGUGGCGGACAUCAUGAGGGAAAAGCUCGAGGCGGUCAUCGGUACCACGGGGGCGACGUUCUCGGACGACUUCGCCGUCCCGGGAAAGAGCACUCUGAAGUGCGUGGAGGACGCUGUCAACAACUCCGCCUUCACCUUCCUGCUGCUCACGCGCAACUUCAACUCACGCAUGGUGGAGAUGAAGACCAACAUGGCCCUCAUCAACUCCAUCAACAACGAGCACAAGUUCAACACGGUCAUCCCCCUGCUGCCUCUGGACAACCGCAUGCCCACACAGAGCAUCCCCGUCGCCCUGCAGACGUUGGUGCCGCUGGAGGAGAGGAGAAACUUUGAGAAAAAACUCCAAAAGGUUUUCAAUAGAGCCAAGAUUGACAAACAGAGAAGGAUCUGGACCGAGGAGCAGAGCCUGAGGAGACUGAAACGCUUGAGGUUGCGGGAAAACGAGAGGCUAAAGCUUCACAUGGAGCAGCACCUUGUUCUUGGAGGCAGCAUGCCACCGGGGGAGGACGGUGGGGAUCCAAGGUCUUGGUGGCCGGCUCAGUCCAACAUACACAUUGAAAAUGCCAACUAUGUUAUGAUCGGGAAUGACUCUACAAUGACUGUGGGCGUAGGGGGGAGUGCAGACAAAGAUGGUCUGCGUUAAAGAAAGAUGUGUAGAGAGAAAGAUGUUGUCUGAACACUAAGGAUUUAAAAUUGUUCUACUGAACUUAAACUUGCAUACAACAAGACCCAAAAAGGGUAAAAUCGGCAGUUCUAUUUACCACAUGAAUGUUAGGACACGUUUUUUCUCAAAGCAACCUUUGAUCUUUAAAUAUAGGAAAAGACUGCCACCUACUGACUGAAAGUGGACGUACAGUCUCAGAUCCAUCCUAGCUGUAGGAACUCUGUUUGGACACCAGGGGGCUCUGCUGUUUAACUUUUCUCAUUGCCUCUCACAGAGCGAGGUACACGGAUAACUUCCUUCUGUUUUAGGCAGAUAAAAUGUUGUUGACCAAUUAAAUGUUUGCUAAAUUACA